AUGAAUCCAAUUUUGGAAGGUUAUAUUGAAGAAUCUGAAGGAACUGAAAUAAUUUCAAAUCCUCAACACUAUUUGGUGGCCGAGGAUCAAGUUUAUAUAAACAAGCAAAUUAUAUCGGAAGUUAUGAAGCGAUAUGCAUUUGUAAGAGAGUUUUGUUUCGUUGCAAAAAGAUCAAGUCCUACCUGUUACUAUCUAAAGUGUGCUACAGAAAACUGUUCAUGGAUUUUUAAAUCCUCAUGUUUGAAUAAUUCAAAGUUAUUCAAAGUGAGGAAAUUCUAUGAUACACAUUCUUGUCCAUUGAAGGACCGGAUUCAAUCAAAGCGACAAUCAACAAGUGGUGUGCUUGGGGCAAUGUUGGUUGAAAAGUAUGUCGAUCUGAAGACCGUUUACACACCAACAGACAUACAAGCAAACAUGCUAAGGAUACAUGGUAUUUCAUUGACAUACAUGCAAGCAUGGAGAGCACUUGAUGCAAGUAUAAGAGGUUGGGAGUAUUGUCGACCAAUAGUAGUCGUGGAUGGUACACAUUUAAAAUCAACAUACGAAGGCACAAUGUUGAUAGCUAGCACAUUAGAUCCAGGAGGUCACAUCUUGCCACUUACAUACGGAAUAGUUAAUUCAGAAAAUGAUGAUUCAUGGUUAUGGUUCUUUGAGAAUUUUAAAAAUGCAUUCGGUGAAAGGGAAGAUAUGUGCUUUGUUUCUGAUAGAAAUAAGAGCAUUUGGAAUGCUACUGCAGCUGUUUAUCCCGAAUUCAGACAUUACUCAUGCAUAUACCAUCUAUGGACCAAUUUACUAAAGAAAACAUACAGAGAUACAGAAGAGGUAAGAACAUUAUUCUUCAGUUUAGCAAAUGCUUACACUGUUCAAGAGUUUGAUGAAUUGAUGAAAAUGAUGGAUCAAAUUAAUCCAAAAUAUUGUGCUUAUCUACAAAAAGCAAAUUAUAAGAAAUGGUCACGCGCACAUUCACCAGUAAAAAGGACUUGGACACUAACAAGUAACAUUGCAGAGUCACUAAAUAACGGUAUUCUUGUUGGAAGAAGGUUACCAGAGGUACCAUUGUUGGAAUUUGUUAGAAAAACAAUUGAAGCUUGGAAUGAGAAACACAACGAAGAAGGUACGCGCAUCAACAAUACACCUUCAUACCAUUACAGAUGGUGCAAAGAGGUUUACGGUAUGUCUGAAUACAUGAAUGUGUAG